UUAAUUUGCUACUCCACAACCACUUAGCCCUUCUCUAAGCCUUUAAAGUUUUGUUUCUAGACAAAAAUGGCUACUUUUGAAAGUCCCCUAGGUAGCUCAGUGCAUGGAUUAACUAGCACAGAACAAACAUUUGCAUUUUCUGUUUCUUCACAUAGCCAUAAUAACCCUGAUAAUAAUAGCCUAGCCACAAAAUUUGAUUUGCCAGUUGAUUCAGAACACAGGGCAAAAGCUAUGAAAAUCUUCUCAUUUGCACAACCCCACAUGAGAUCUUUUCACUUAGCCUGGAUUUCGUUUUUCGUGUGUUUUAUCUCCACUUUUGCUGCUGCUCCUUUAGUUCCUAUUAUUCGCGAUAAUCUUAACCUAACGAGAUCAGAUAUUGGCAAUGCCGGGGUUGCUUCUGUUUCUGGUAGCAUUUUCUCUAGGCUAGUAAUGGGUGUACUAUGUGACUUAAUAGGUCCAAGAUAUGGCUGUGCAUUUCUCAACCUUUUAACAGCUCCUAUUGUUUUCUCUGCUGCAUUUGUCUCAAAUGCUGAGGGAUAUUUAGCUAUGAGAUUUUUAGUGGGAUUUUCAUUAGCUACAUUUGUGUCAUGUCAAUAUUGGGUUACUGUUAUGUUUAAUAGCCAGAUUAUUGGACUUGUUAAUGGUGUUGCAGGGGGGUGGGGUGAUAUGGGGGGUGGUGUUACUCAACUUCUUAUGCCUUUUCUUUUUCAUAUAAUUCAAAUAAUUGGGGCUACUCCGUUCACUGCAUGGCGUAUCGCCUUUUUUAUACCAGGUUGGUUACAUAUUAUUAUAGGACUUAUGGUCUUAACUCUUGGUCAAGAUUUUCCUGAUGGAAACCUUAGUACUCUACAGAAAAGGGGUGAUGUUGCCAAAGAUCAAUUUUCAAAGGUUCUUCAGUAUGCAGUUACAAAUUAUAGGACAUGGAUCUUUUUCUUUGUCUAUGGAUUUUCCAUGGGAGUUGAGCUCUGUAUCAACAAUGUCAUAGCAGAAUAUUUUUUUGACAAGUUCAAUCUGAAGCUACACACAGCAGGAAUGAUAGCAGCAACAUUUGGAAUGGCUAAUUUUGUGGCACGUCCAUUUGGAGGAUAUGCAUCUGAUUUAGCAGCUCGAAAAUACGGGAUGAGGGGCAGGUUAUGGGUCCUAUGGAUCGUACAAACACUAGGAGGAGCCUUCUGUAUUUGGUUGGGCCGAGCCGAAUCUCUUCCUAUAGCCAUAGUUUCAAUGAUCCUCUUCUCUAUCGGAGCACAAGCUGCAUGUGGUGCAACUUAUGGAAUCAUUCCUUUCGUUUCGCGAAGAUCGUUGGGCUUGAUUUCGGGCCUCACUGGUGCUGGAGGAAAUUUCGGUGGUGGAUUAAUGCAAUUGCUUUUCUUUUCAACGACAAGAUUUUCAACAUCAAUGGGGUUAACUUGGAUGGGAGUAAUGGCUGUAGCAUGUACAAUUCCAGUGGCUUUUAUUCAUUUUCCGCAGUGGGGAGGUAUGUUUUUUCCAGCUUCAAAAGAUGAGAAAUAUGAUGAAGAGCAUUAUUAUGGUUCUGAAUGGACAAAAGAUGAAAAAUCAAAAGGAUUACAUCAGGGAAGUGUUAAAUUUGCAGAGAAUUGCCGGUCUGAACGUGGGAAAAAACAUAUUGUUUCUUCGAUAGACACUCCACCUUACUCUACAGAACAUGUUUGAAGAAAUCGUAGAAGAAUAAAAUAAAUGUAUUUCUGAUGUAUUAGUGGGAGUGUGAUUGGUUGUUACUCUGUAGUAUUAUGAGCUUACAACCAUGAAUCCGUUGUAGUUUUUAAUGUAAAUAACUCAUGAGCAAUAAGAUUUCCUUAUAAUCUAUGGUUCC